AAAGAUGGCAGGCAACGACGUAACGUCUCCCACAUUAUCCUAUUCGAUUUUACACCUUUAAAGCAUUUAAAUGCUGCGUUUGAUUUUAAUCGGGCUGUGGUUAUGGUUGGGGUAAGGAUCAGGGUCAGGCUAAAGGUUGCACACUAUACAGUUACAACUUUUCUUUUCAACGAACAAUAUAUUUGGCUUUUAAAAAAAAUUAAGCAAUAAUCACUACACCCACCUUUUGAUUUCUUUCGCUUUUUUCGGGCACAUUUUUGAAUAUAUCUGCCGCGGUCGGAGGAAACGUAGAACUCCGCAGCACAAGGUGCCGAGAAUGCGCCUGUUGCGCUGUUCGCGAACCGCCAUUGAAAAGGACGACGCGUUGCCUGGCAACCGUCGCGACGCGAUGACCGAGUUGCACCAGGCUGCAGCGGCCGGCGAUGUCGAACGAGUCGAGGAUAUCUUGAGGCAAAAGAAAUGCAGCCCCAACCAGCGGGACAUCGACUGGUGCUACAAGACCCCUCUGCACUGGGCAGCAGCCAAAGGAUUUACAGAGACGGUCAGGAUCCUCAUUGAGCAUGGAGCAAGGCCGUGUCUGAGGACGGACUACGGAUGGACUCCUGCUCACUUUGCCGCCGAGUCUGGCCGGCUGGCCGUGCUGCGGCUGCUGCACUCCUCCCACGCCCCCAUCGACAAGGAGGACUGCUAUGGAGACAAACCAGCGCGGAUAGCCGAGAUAUACGGGCACCAGGACUGCGUUCGGUUCCUUAAAACCGCGGAGGUCGAGUGCCAGUCCUACCGCAUGAUGGCAGCCCAGAAAGGGAUUAUAAUGGAUGACACGGAUGAGAAGUGGUCAGAGCAUGGCAAAGAAAAUGAAGAAAACCUGAUCUCUAAGAGGACCAUUCAGACGUAGGCCCAACUCGGCGUCGAGCUUUGCUGUAGUAUUCCAGUGCAAUGAAAAACAUAUAAUAUAAACAUAUAAUAUAUAGAAUACAGCUGUACAAUUUGUUUUCCUGUCAAAAACAAAUCCACUAAACAAUUUGUAUAAACCAUGUUAAACAAAACUAAAAUAUCAACAUCAUAGAUAAAUGACGUUUACUAUGCUAUUAUCCGUGGUCUCGUGUGAUCAUGCAGUAGGAGUUUGUUGUGAUUUUAAAGAGUACACGUUUGAGAUUUCUUUCAUGUCGUGUCCAACUUUGUGGAGCUUUCACUGAUGGAUGAAUCAACCUGGAGAGCAAAGGAGAAGGAUGUGAAAAAAAAAAUGUAUUAACAGUCGUCAUGUUUUACAUAUGAAUAAAAUCCAGUGAUCGUACACGUACUUUUUUCUGGAAACGAUUCAGCAGUGCUUCACGGGUCUGUCAAAAUUGGAAUUAAAAUAUAUUUAAUGAUGCUUCA